UUUUCGAUCCUCGCAUCAUCGAACGGCCCAUCUCACAACGCACUGACUUGUUGGAUGCGACCAAUAGCUACCACUGGCAAAGCGAAAGAAAGAUGAAGAGCUAUUGCCGAUCAUCCGCUGUGCUUGUGGCGGCCUUUGCCUCGAAUAUUUCUGGAGCUGCAGCCUUUUCGGCGUCUCAUACACCCGGUUUGUCCCAAAUCGGGACAAGGAUUCGCAGGCAACCUACGUGGCAGGCUGCAUCCGUUUGGUUGAAAGCUCAGAAUGAUGAGACGACAACGGCUGUCGAAGAAAUUCCUCGCCCCGACCCUUCGAUUUUGCUGUCGGCGAGAGAUGAUACCCAACAACAACUCGGAUUUGCAGGCAUUUGUGCUGGGAUUGCGCUCGGCACAGUUGUUGUCAUUCAACUCUUGGGAUUUGCCGAGGCCAUCCUACCAAAUGGAUGGUACGAGCUCUGGAGAGACUACACGUGGCCCGUUCCCAUGGGUGUUAUCUUUCUGGCUGCUGGAGUGUCGCAUUUUGCCAUUUCAGAAGCCUAUUGCAGCAUUGUUCCACCCAAAGGCACGUGGGGUGGUCUGUGGCAGAUCCCAGCUCCAGGAGCUGACAAGUUGGAUUUGUCCUACGAAGAAUUCCACUGCUAUUGGUCUGGUGCGGCGGAAAUUGGAGGUGGUCUUGGAUUGAUUGCAGGUGGAUUGGGUGUCCUGCCCGUGCAGAUUCCUGCCUUUUUGCUCGGGUUGUUGACGGCAGCCAUUACACCUGCCAAUAUCUACAUGUUCACACACGAUGCUCAAAUGGCAGGAGCGCCCAGCGUUCCCUAUCCGUGGGGCCAUGUGGGACGAUUUGGAUUGCAAUGUGUUUUGCUGGCCAUCUUUUUCAAGUUGACUUUUCAAUGAACCAAAUUAUGAAACAGAAUUGCAACAAUCAGCACCGUGGCUGUACUGAUUCCGAACGUUCAGCACCAGUUAGUUUUGAAGUAUUAUUUAUGCUAUUUGACUGAGAACAGACAGUGUUUCGGCUUGUGCCUGCCUCACCUUUCGCCACAGGUACGGGUAAACUAGAAAAUAGCCACAAGUUAAUGCUGUUCUGAAUGAAUCUAAAAUCCUUGAUACCUUGCAGGAAUUUUCGGCCAUCAUGUAUGAGUACUCUCAUGUAGCCCAGCAAACGGUAGCUCUCGGUAGCUGACGAAUGCAGCAAAUUGCUUCAAACUAAAAUAACAACUCGUUAGAUACAGCAUUGGUCAGCGAUCGAUUGCAUAGUAAUUGUCCUUUCCUCCCCUCCAGUUGGAAGCCUCGGGCAAGUAAACCAACCAAUGCAAGUCAAAAGAAUACUUUCUGGGGCUUUGCCCAAAUACAACUAACACAUAGCCAGAGGCC